AUGAAGAGCGUUAAAGAAACAGGUUACGAUCAAUAUACAACGUUUGUAAAAGAGAGGUUUGUAGACCAGAAGAAACCAAUCACUGACCCAAUGAAGAUGAAUAAACUUCCGAUGUUUAGCCGCCCACCAACCAAAGUCCCUUCCAAACAAAAGGCUCAACUUACAGCAUUAAAAGAAGAUUCUGCACUGUUUUCAAGGCUAUAUAUCGUGUGCCAAUCUCGAGAAGGUGAUCUCCAGAACUUUUUCAAACAAGAAAACCAACCCAGUCCACCUUCGUUAUUGCAACAAGGACAACUUCGGCAAAGCAAUAAAGCUGAUCUGGUCAAGUGCCUCACAGACCAUAUUGACGUUGUCGAGUGUCCACAAGUAGAUGCGAAAAUUAUCGAUGGCGUUGUUGUUGUGCAAAUGCUGAAUCCCAAAACUGCAUCUACAUUCAGAGAGUAUGUCGCAACUGUUUUCAUACGGUAUGUUACCUCGCAACUUCAAUCAGCCCAACGAAUAGAUAUUAUAUGGGACACAUACAAAGACGACAGCUUACAGAGUUGUACAAGAGACAGGAGAGGUUCUGGGGCGCGGCACCGUGUGGCGCUUUCUGUAAAGGUCCCUCCUAACUGGAAGAGCUUUCUACGUGUCAACGAGAACAAAACUGAACUGUUCCGACUCCUCGCAGAAGAGGUCAUAGCUAUACAUGCAUAA